AUGAAUUUAGAUAAGAAGUUGAUAUAUGCCCCCGAGACAUAUCAAUAUACUGACCAUGCAUUGAAUGAAGAAGAAAUUGAAAAGGAUCCUUUCGUCCAGUUCAAUAAAUGGUUCAAAGAAGCUGACGAUGAGAUUCCUGAAUCAACUACAUUCUCAACUGUGAGAUUACCUGAAGGUAGAGUUUCUAGUAGAAUUGUAUUAUUAAAAGAAUUAGAUACCGAAGGAUUUGUCAUUUAUUCUAAUUGGGGAACAUCUAAGAAAUCCAAAGAUUUUGAAACUUGUAAAUAUGCCAGUUUGACAUUUUUCUGGAAGAAGUUACAACGUCAAGUUAGAGUUGAAGGAAUUAUGAGAAAGGUCGAUUAUAAACAAAGUGAAGAAUAUUUCCAAACUAGACCAAGAGGUUCAAGAAUUGGAGCAUGGUCAAGUCCACAAAGCCAAGUCAUUGAAAGUAGACAAGUUUUAGAAGAUUUAGUUAAAAGUAAUACCGAGAAGUUCGGUGAUAACGGGGAUAUUCAAUGCCCUGAGUUCUGGGGUGGAAUUAAAAUCAUUCCAUUAGAAAUUGAAUUCUGGCAAGGAAGAGAUAGCAGAUUACAUGACAGAUUAACAUUUGUUAGAGAUGAUGAAAGUCAACCAUGGAAAUUAAAUAGGUUAGCCCCAUAA